GGGAGGACUUCCCCAUGUGGAUGGUCCCCAUAAGCAUUUGUACAAGUGAUGACCCCACCUGUGCCAAAAUGCAAAUAUUGGGACAAGGCACAGAGCUGACCCUGGUUUUGAAAGACACAAAACCAGACCAGUGGGUGAAGUUGAACCUGGGAACAGUAGGGUUUUAUCGGACUCAGUACAGCCCUGACAUGCUGGAGAGUUUAAUACCAGCGAUCAAAGACCUCUCCCUCCCCCCUGUGGACAGGCUCGGCCUGCAGAACGAUCUCUUCUCUCUGGCUCGAGCUGGAAUCAUUAGCACUGUAGAGGUUCUAAAAGUCAUGGAAGCUUUUGUGAAUGAGCCCAAUUAUACUGUGUGGAGCGACCUCAGCUGUAACCUGGGGAUUCUCUCAACUCUCUUGUCCCACACAGACUUCUAUGAGGAAAUCCAGGUCUUCGUGAAAGAUGUCUUCUCACCGAUAGGGGAGAGACUGGGAUGGGACCCCAAACCUGGAGAGGGUCAUCUGGAUGCCCUUCUGAGGGGUCUGGUCUUGGGCAAACUAGGAAAAGCUGGGCACAAGGCAACACUAGAAGAAGCCCGACGUCGAUUUAAGGACCAUGUGGAAGGAAAACACAUCCUGUCAGCGGAUCUGAGGAGUCCUGUAUAUGUAACUAUUCUGAAGCAUGGAGAUAGUACUACUUUAGACACUAUGCUAAAGCUCCACAAGCAAGCAGACAUGCAGGAGGAGAAGAAUCGAAUUGAACGCGUUCUUGGAGCCAUCUCUCAACCAGAACUGAUUCAAAAAGUUCUCACCUUUGCACUUUCAGAAGAGGUACGUCCCCAGGACACAGUGUCUGUUAUUGGUGGAGUAGCUGGAGGCAGCAAGCAGGGGAGGAAAGCUGCCUGGAAAUUUGUAAGGGAUAAUUGGGAGGAACUUUAUAAUCGCUACCAAGGUGGAUUCUUAAUAUCCAGACUAAUAAAGCUAACAGUGGACGGAUUUGCAAAUGAUAAGAUGGCUGCAGAGGUUAAGGCCUUCUUCGAGAGCCACCCCGCUCCGUCGGCGGAGCGCACGGUGCAGCAGUGCUGCGAGAACAUCCUGCUCAACGCGGCCUGGCUGCGGCGCGACGCCGACCACAUCCACGAGUACCUGGAGCAGCGCAAGGGCCCCCCGGCCGCCGCGGGAGCCCCGCGGCGCCGCCGCUGCCGUCCCGCGGCCCCAGCACGGCCCGAGAGGAGCCACCCCACAGCUGAUCCAUAUGCCAAGAAUUUGGAGUCUUUUUCUCAAAGCGAUGGGGAUUGGACGAUGAAUGGACCCAACCAGGAAAGAGAAACACGGUUACGGGAAGCCUGGACACGACUGAAGGAAGAAGGAAGCGGCCGCUGCGCCGGAGGGACCAG